UGAGGAUUCGGGAAUUCUCAGUAAACAAAUAGAAGAUGGAAUGCAUAAGUCAUUACUGCCUUGGGACUUAUUUUCAAACUGGUUACAUUGUGCCUGCGUCGUUACUUUUGAUCUAGAAUUAGGUCAAGCUAUGGAGUUAAUUUAUCCCAGCCAUGUCAAACUUACAGAGAAAGAAAAAACAAGCAUUUGCUAUUUGUCUUUUCCUGACUCCAAUUCAGGGUGUAUGGGCGAUACCCACUUUCAUUUUCGGAUUCGUCAGUGUCCUGGCCGCAGACAAAUGAUUCCUGCCCUUUUCCAAUACAACAGAGACUGCCCUGUGUCCUUACAGACUGACAAUGCUCAUUACUAUGGAUUUGUUUAUUUCCGCCAAACCAAAGAUCGGUCAAUACGAAGGGGAUAUUUCCAGAAGUCGGUUGUCCUGAUUUCCCGCUUGCCUUUUGUUGCCCUCUUCACCCAGCUAGUCAGUAUUAUAGCUCCAGAGUACUUUGACAACGGAGAACCUAGUCUUGAAGCUGCAUGCCAUGACAUUGAUCAGUGGCCACCGCCCAUACCUGGGGACACUCUCAAUCUGCCCAUCAUGGGCACAGUGUUACAGCAUGAUAUUCCUGCACAUACAAUUCUACCAUCACUACAUGAAGUGGACAUUUAUAGUGCAUUUGAGAGUAUUAUCAGUCAUAUACAGCUGCUUUGGGAACUUGUUCUUAUUGCUGAGCCAAUUGUCGUUAUGGCAGCAUCUCCAACAGUGACUUCAAACUGUGUUCAAGCUUUAAUUAACUUGAUAGCACCCCUGAGAUACUGUUCUGACUUCAGGCCUUACUUCACCAUCCAUGACAGUGAAUUUAAAGAAUACACAACGAAAGUACAAGCUCCGCCUUCCAUCAUUCUUGGUGUUACCAAUCCAUUUUUUGCGAAAACGUUACAACACUGGCCACAUAUCAUCAGAAUAGGAGAAAUGGGUGCUAUCGGAAGUUCUCCUAAACCUGCCAACAAGCUAAAGAAAGCUAGCUCCCUGAAAACACUUGAUUCUAAGCCAGGUGUCUACACUAGAUUCAAGCCAUUCCUCACAAAAGACAAGGGUAUUCUGAAACGACUCAUUAAGGGUUCUCAGACGAAGAGACCAGUUGAAGCUCAGAAUGCCAUCUUGAGAAGACAUUUCUUAGAACUCACACAGAGCUUUAUGAUUCCACUGGAAAGAUACAUGGCAAGUCUCAUGCCUCUACAAAAAAAUAUAUCUCCACAUAAAGCACCUCCACAUUUACGACCUUUUGACCUGAAUGAAUUUCUACAAAACAUUGAGACGUCAGGACCACAGCUAACAUCGGGUACCAAAGGUGACUGGGAGGGACUGUACAGGAGAUUUUUCCGUUCGUCCAACUUUGAGGGUUGGUACAAUGAGAGACAGAAGGACGUCAACCAGAAGCUGGAGAUUCUUCACAUGGAAGUUCUCUGUAGUGCUAAUCUUCUGGAGUGGAUUCAUAACAAGGAAGAGGUUGAGAUUGUUGAUCUGAUUUUAAGACUUCGGGAAAAGUUGACAUUUGCUUACAACAACCAGCUGCUGGUGGCCAAAGACUGUGUGGAGAAGUUACAGAGACACUUAGACUCCAUUUCCUCUGCCCUUCCCGAGGACCUGCAGUCAGUUCUAAAGACUUGAUUCUCAUCUCGUGUACAAACUAACCCACCAGUGCCAAAAUCUCAGACAAGUCUUAUGUUGUUUGCAGGAACCCACAUUUUGCAUUGAUAUUACUUAAUAUAUAAUCAAGUCGUGCAGGGUUCUGCCUAGACAUUUAUGAGGGGUAGAAAUAAUGAAUUAUGUUAGGGUUUUUUUAAAAUCUGAAAUUCUUGACAACCAUGACAUUGACAUAGUAUUACUAGAGAUGGUUUGGCAGUAGCAGUACGGGUCAGAACUUUUAAGAGUGCCGGUCAGUUCCGACCAGUAUUCACCUCAGGGCAGAACCCUGGUCAUGUGGAUCAGGCAUCCAGUAUUGAUAUCUCUAAGCAGCAGACAAAUGAACAGAGCAUCAUCAUAUACAACUUGUGUUAUUUACAAUAGCCAGUAUAAUGGAUCAAGAGUCAAGUAUCGACAGUUUUUUUAUAUAACUUACAAAUAAUCAGUCUUCACACAACAGGCAUCAACAGUAUGGUGAUCAAAGCCUGGUAGGUACUUGGUUCACAUUACAGUCCACGCUUUACCCAGUGCGAGUUCUAAUUACUCGGUGAAUGGGUCUAAAAUUGACCUCUCUCUCACGAACUACUGACAACUAACCCGUGCCCAGGACAGAUAACCCAAAUAGCUGAGGCUUGUGCUUUAAACUUAAUAUGCACAAAAAUUGAGUUGCGCUGGAAAAAAUUCCUUAUUGAAAACACAUUUUACUGCAUCAACAACAAAAGGAUUGGGCACAAGUUUGAUAACCUUUCCUAAAAAGGUCCUUCCAUGGUGUUCUGUCAUAGAAACGAGAAAAUAAACUGAAUUGGCUCAAAUAAUUUCUCCUUGUAGGAAGAUUAACAGAGAUCACAGAAUAUCGGAACAAGCGAUCCAUCUUGCACAGGGAGUUUUAUUUUAUUUCUUUUGUAUUACCGUUGAUGAAAUUAUUAUUUUUAUGGAGAAUUUUUAUAUCAGUGUACCCUCCGAUAAUUCUUGUUAAUAUGUAAGAAGAUAGAAUGAACACACCUGUGAAACACCAUGGUGAUAUGGCACAUGAACUUUAGUACAUUGAAUCAUCAUCACAUUAAAGACUAAACAAUGUGAUGUGCUGUUGGUUAUUCAGAACUAUAAUUGUAUAAGUGUAUGAGUAUCAUUGCAAGGAUUCUAUUUUAAUUUCUUGCUGGAUUGGACAUAUAAAGCCAGUAUUUUUAACAGGCCAAUGAAGAGAUGCAUGCAAUAUAAUUAGUCUAGUAAAUAUCCAAUAUGGUGUAGGAGACGUGUUUUAUUUUUGUUGUAAAUGUUUUUGUUUUAUAUGAUCAUGUUAAAAAUGAUGUUUCAGUGUUUAAUUGUAAACACAGGAGGUUAGAAGAAUCCACCAUUUUUAAAAAUCAAAACUGCCAGUUUUUACACAGACUGAAAACUAUUCUUGUCCUGAAAAGGUCACAGGUAAUGCACAUUGUUUCAAGAAAAAAAAUGUCAAGAGUUUUUAAUGUCUUAAACAAUACUUGUUUUAUGUCAUUAGGACUUGAUGAGAAAUCUGAUAGCUUAUUAAGUCUUUCCAGGUGUGUGUGCUGGAAAUUAUGCAGGGGUCUAGACUGGCAAGUGAAGUUUUUAGGGUGGCUCGAGUCGUGCUUCCCUGGAAAAUAGAUUAAAAAAAGAAAAUUUGCUUUGAGCAAAGGAAGGUUCAUCCCCUGAAACCACCACCCUCCUUACAUUUCUCCCAUGUCUGUUCAUCCAUCCUGUCUGGGUGAUGGUUUUUUUUAAUAUUUUGACUGAAUUGUGAAUCCCAUGAGUUUCUUUUCACAGAAUCGGAGAUGAAAGGUCUCCAGAUGUUUUUAGAAUUCCAGAUUUUAGUGCUACUUGAAAAACUGUUGCCGUCUUCUUUGAUGAAAAGCUCGCAGUAACAUCCAUCUUUUACAGUUGUAGACUAGGUUCAACCCAUGGAAAUGGAAGCUAAGUUUUGUCAAUCUACAAACCUUUAACACAUUUGGAUAAAGUUACAAUAGUGUCUCCAGAUGUUUUUAGAAUUCCAGAUUUUAGUGCUACUCGAAAAACUGUUACUGUCUUCGUUGAUGAAAAGCUCACAGUAACAUCCAUCUUUUAAAGUCGCAGACUCUAGGUUCAACCCAUGGAAAUGGAAGCUAAGUUUUUUCAAUCUUCAAACCUGUAACACAUUUGGAUAAAGUUACAACAGAGUGAAACAGGAGUCUGUGAUGUUAAACGGGGGAAAAUGCCUUUAAAAAUAGCCUAGAACUUGUCUCUUGUUACUUCUCAGAGGUUUGUGUAUUUUAAAAAAUAAGAAAAGUGCAAUUUGUGGUAUUAGAGCAUUUUUAGCUAUAUGAAAAGUGCAAUCUGUGGUAUUAGAAACACUGAUGACUAGAAACACUGAACAUAUGAUAAUCAUAAGUAGUGUCUAAUUUCAAUUAUCAAAAAUGUGAAGUUUGCAAUCAUAUCACACUUGUCGAGCAAGCGUGACUCUUGAGAUACGAUUGCAUACUUCACUCAAUGACAUAUAAAUCAUAUUUGACAAAAAACAUAAAAUAUCCUCAAUUUAUCAGUGACAUGCUGCAUGUCAAUGUAUCGGUAUUUGGAACUUGUUAUUUGAUAGGCUACAUUUCAAAUAUUUUUGUCAAUUUAUUUUUUAAACAUUUCAAAGCAGUGUCUUACUAAAAUAAUGUAGUGUAUGUUUGUGCUAUAGAAAGAAAGUAAAUAUUUGUAACAUAAAUAUUAUUUUACACAGCAUCAAAUUUAUUUAAUCAGUGUAAAUGAAGUGCUGCAAAUUUUUAAAGUGCAUUGAUUCUUUUUAAUACCUAUUUUUUAAUUAAAAUUUUUGUCAUGUUAAAAACAUCUUAAAUAUCCACUUUGGUGCAUAGAUGUGAUGGAUUAGGUGAGGAACUACACAGUGCCUACCAAUAGAUAGCUAUACAAACGUAUAAUCUUCAUCUUCACGUUGACAUCGGACAACUUUGUCAUGUUCAACUGCAUUCAUAGGUCUCUUGAUAUAAAUUUGAUAUUACACACUACCAAUAUUUUUCACUGACAGUAUAUUCUGUUUUUAACUCUAUAUAAUUUUACUGCCUUACUUACACAUGAAACAUUCAUAUUUUUUAUUUGUGGAACAUUGUUGAUAUCAUUAAUAUUGGAUAUUGUUUGUAACUUGAAAUAUGCAUUAUGAAAUUGGAUUUUUCUAAAUUUUGUUAGUUUCUUGUUGCUGUGGUGUGCAAUUUUAUAUAAAAACAGUAAAAUUAAAUUAAUUCUGAAUAAUGUUUGUACCUACGCUCCUCUUUUAUGUAAGCGAUCAUGAUUUUAUCAUUCUAGUUUGCAUCUUGUAAAUUUAAAGCUCCUUGUUAGGGUUGUUAGGGCUUUACAGUGAAACUAUUUAACUUAGAACUUAGUCAUCUUUUUUAGUAAAUAGUUAGGUAUUCUAUAGGUUGGUGAAAGCUUAAAAAAAAAAAAAAAAAUCAAACACCAUAAACCUGGUGGUACAAGAUUAGAGUAAUAGAUGUUUUUAGAUUGUUUGAUAGUUUACAUCAACCGAUUAAGUGCUCAAUUAUAAUUUUAAAAAUACCCGGUAAGUAAUUAAUUUGUAAAAUUUUGCUUUAAUUAAACCCUACCAAUUUAUAACUUCAUAUGUACAUUUUUAUCUGAUUUUGUUAUUUCAUGUGAUUGGUUUGUAUAUACUUUGUAUAUAAAAUAUUUAUUUUUAGUAUCAUUUUAAAGUGGUGUUGUGAUGUAUUUUAUCACUGUGUGAUGAAAGGAUUAUCUUAUUUUCUUCUGUCAGUCAUGUAUAUAAUAAAAUGUGGAAAACCUU